AUGAACAAAAACGGAACAGCUAAAAUGAAUGAUAAUCAAAUAAGAGCCGAAGGUAGAAGGUUAUUUAAACGCUUCUAUAACAUUCCUGAUGGUGUUAAUCCUAAAACUCGUAGAAGCUAUUUAAAUGAAGCCAUAGAUGCAUAUGAAGGAUUUGACAUUUCAUCAGAAAGUGAGAGGUUAGCAAGAAUGUUAAACAUUAAUAUUGAUUUCUAUUAUUGUGACCCUCAACCAGAAGACGUAGACAUUAACAAGGUUGACUUUCCAUUAGUGGAAACAAUAAUGAUAGAUCCAGAAUUUGAAACAGUAAAUAUUUUAUUAACACAGAGUCCAUGUGGAAAACUUCACGCUGACAGAAUAACAGACGUUGAAGCACUCACCGGCUAUAGAGUUUGCCCCUUUUGCAAAGAAGAAGUAUAUUCUAUCCGUGAUGAUCCAGAAAGGAAAAACCAAAGAAGAUUUUUAAAACAUUGUGAGAAAUGUAAAGAAAAUAAUGGAAGAUUAAUUCAAGACGUUCAAUUGCAAAACACACAACAACCAUAUACACCACAUAUCACGAAACAGAAGAUAUAUCAAUGGCUAUUAGCACAUAAUUUGCAGGAAUAUUAUAAACCAACAAGAUAUUAUAUUACUUUUGACUUCGAAACAUUAGAGACUAAAGAAGAACUUCAACUUUCUGAGUGUGCAACUUUAAACGCUUACUUAAAACCAUUUAUGGUAUCAUCAACUGUUAAAAUAAACGAUAAAACAUUUACGAGGAAUUUUUGCUUAACAUCAAGUGAUUCUUUUAUUUCCGACUGGAUUGAGUUUUUAUUUUCAACCUGUUCAUUAGUUGCUAAAUCAAAUAUUGAACAAUAUGAAGAAUUAUUGAAGCCGCAAACGGACCAAACGGCGGGGACUUUGUCUCAUACAUUAAAUGAAAAACAGAAGGAAGCAUUUAAAGAGCUUUUAGAUGAAGAAUUUAAUAAAGUGAAUAUCAUUGGUUUUAAUUCAGGAAA